GGAAGCCUCAGCUCAAGCAGUUCCACUCUCACCCUGCUCUCGGCAUCUAUCUGACACCAUGUGGACCCAAGCCACUGCUCUGCUGCUGGCCUGCUGCCUUUGGCCAGCUGAGGCACAGGAUGAAAGGAGACAAAGCAUCUGGGACGAUCCCAUCAAGUUCCAAACCAAGGCUAACGACAAGUGCACCAUGAUCCUUACAGGCCAAGGAGAAAACAUAAAGCUGAGGCUGUCAUGCCAGGGCAACAGACGUGCCUACUGGUGUGAAUAUAUGGGGAGACCUUACACCUGCAGUGCUUUCAACAAAAACCCCAGGCACUACUUCGUCCAGAUGAUGUGGGUCCUCAGGAAGCAAGCACACGCCUGUCAGGGACCUAAGGAGAUCAAACCUCAUAUGUGCAGGAAGGCGACUGAUGAAUCUCAGAUGAUCUUCUCGGCUGGUCCUUUCCUAAGGUCUCGGCCAGCAGCGCAGCCAUCAAAGCAGCCUAGAAAAUCCCAAAGUUCAGCUGCACAUGGAAGACCGAAUUUGACAAUGAAGACACCUUUUAAAACAGCUCGGGCUUCAGGGAAAGUUAAAACCACACAGAGAGCCAAAUCACAGCCAACGGCAGCUCCGACUGAGAGCGCCCGGAGGAGAAUGGCUCAGCAGUACUGCUGGAGGUCCCUGCAGGGCGUCUGUUCCUUUGUAAUUGGUUGGUUUCGGAAUUAACAAAAAUGAUUGUGCUGAUUUGGUGACUGAAACCACCAGUGGAGGAAAAAUCCAGGCCAGCUAUUUGUUUUGAAACAUCUAUAGCGCCCUCUUACGGAAUUAGUCUGGUACUACAGUGGCUGUUACUUUUUUUUUAUUUCUCUGAUUUUACUGCUACGUUUUGCUUUGGAAACCUUCAGCAGUUUCUUUUAUGUUUUGCAUGUAGACCUGUAUGAAUUAGAACUGCUUUAACCUGUGAAAAGAUAGUAUAGAUGUUUGUGUUUUUUGUGAUAUUUACUAUAAUUAGCUUGAUUAACUUUUGUUGCAAUCAGAAUUUAUGUUUGUUGUGUGAAAACACUUUUUCUCUACUGGUAUAUUUUGAAAAAUAUAUAUGGACUGUGAAAAUGCUUUUAAC